AUUACUAUAUGUGCAAAAAUGAAAAAGGUGUAAUGACUUUUAGAUUCUGUAUACAAUUGUAAAGUAAAUAGUCAGUACCAGUAAAUAUUUAAAAUUUAAGUCACUUUUUCCUUUAGUUCCAAUGUAUUUAAAACUUCGUUUUAGUGUUGAAGAUAUGUACUUGUGUGUGCUAGAUGCCAUUUUAAGCAACACAACUAGUGUUCUUUUUGUUGCAUUACAAAAAAGUUUAAAAUUAAAUAUGGUUGAUGGAUAUAAAACAUGAUUAAUUAGACUACACACGGAUAAAAAGGAAACAUCAGUGAAUCAUACACCUAUUCACUUUAUGGUCCGUGGAUCAAAAUUUUGUCCAGUGACCUAUGAUGAUUUUUUUUUGACAUUCCAAUAAUAUAAGGAGAUCUAUAAUAUGUGAAAAUUUCAAGGUGUAAUGACUUAAAUUUUGACUGAAUAUUAUCAUUUCCCCUUAAAGGUGUCGGCUUAUUGGAAUGGAAUGGAUACACCAUAAUUAUAUUGUAGACCAACUUUUUGACAUUAUUCAAUGCUAUGGUAAAAUUAAUCAUAUUUAAUUAGCUUACAUUAUUCUGGCACAAAAUAAAAAUCUAUCUUAUAGUUUUAACUCACACUAACAAUGGAAUUUUCCAUUACUACAGGGAUUAUUCCCAAGUAAUAAACAUGUAAUUUAACAGGUUGGAAAAGCAAUGCUAGCUGAAAAUAUUUUUUACUACUCAAAAACAGGCCCCGUGCUUAUAAACCUUAAAGUCUAGACUUUAAUAAACUCCAGACUUUACUGUCAUGGUAACGCCAUUCAAAUAGCAUCAUGUUAAAGUCUGGAAAUUAUUAAAGUCUAGACUUUAAGUUUUAUAAGCACGGGCCCUGGUCUGUGAAGUAAUUGAAUUUUUUUUUUUUUUUUUAGGUAGAUUGCUGAUUUGACUACAGAAUGCCGAUUAACCGACUGAAAACGCCCCUGAGAUCAAGACGAGGUGUGGUGCCAUCACGGUCAUCUUUUACAGUGUCAUCCACAACCACCAGGGUGACGGAAAAACAUUUCAUUGAUGUUACUCCGGUGAAGAGUUACCUUCCUGAAGCUGGUGACUUGUCUCCCUUGUCUCCGGGAUGGGUUCCUGGCAAACUGGCCGUCUUCAAGUCACCAUCUCCUCGCAAGACUCGCAGGUCGUCUGUGUUUCGACACCUACAGAGUAAGAAGAUGGACUCGGUCUUCAAGGCUCCAACUGGAUUUCCUCUCAAAUCACCUCCUGGUGUGAAAACCAGGAGUCGACGUUCUUCUGUCUACUUCAUGAACGGAGAAACGAUUAUAGAAAAGGUUGUCAAGCACGACAAUAGACCAUCGUCAGGGAGACGGAAGACUAUGAUACAAGUGAGUGUUAUGUCAGAACAACCCGAGAAGAAACUGGGACGGCUAAGCCGAAAUAAGGAGGGCAAAUCCAGCAAGAAGUCUCCACAAAAAAAUCAAACAACUAGAGCAAAGAAAAGUAGUCCAGCAAAACAACAGACGAGAAGCAAGCAGGCUGAGAAAUCUGCCAUUUGUGUGAGUGCGAAAAGAAAAGGAAACAUUCCUGCUGAACCCGACAGUCCCAUCAAAAGGACGAAAAGAAGUAGUGCUGAAAAGACCACUUUUAGCCCAAAACGGUCUGCAAAAAAGGCAAGAGGUGGGUCUGCUGCAAAGAAGAGAGUCCGGUCUGCUGUGAAGCAGUCUCCCGGUGCAGUCUCCUCGACUACCACAACACCUGUCAAAGAUGGAGCCUCGGAGCCUCGAAGAGCAAAGAAAUCGAGAAAGUCAACGAGCAAAAGUACUUCAGAAAAAAAAGUUAAAAACAGAAUGAGCACAAGAGAAAUGGCUGUCCUUCUGGAUGAGUCACUAACACUGACGAGGCAACCACAGAGUUCUGCAGUCAGGUCUUCGGCAAGGAAACGGCCAGUGAUGGAAAAACAAUCUUCACCAGCCUCCAAUCGGAAGUCCGUCAAACGCGAUAGAUCAUCUAUAUCACCGUCUGGGUCUCCACCACUCCAGAGUCUGAAAAAGAGGUUGUCUGGGCAAUUUGUCAAUUCAGAGACACCUGUACAGACCCCUAUUAUAUCCACAACAGUUCUUGGGAAAGAUGGCAAAAUAUCUAGUAGUCGUAAGUCGUCUCCAGUUAAGACACCAGGACGAAGAAAAUCAGAGUCGGAAAAAAAGUUUUCUGUUUCAACACCUGUAAUAAACGUGAAAAAAACUGUUACACCGUCGUCGGUUAAACUUUCUAAGAUAAAUAUUUCAGACGAGAAAAAACCCAAAAAUCACCAAAGCUGUCUCCAACCAAAACUCCAAAAAUAAUCCUUGUCUGAUAAAAGCAGUAAAGUAUCCACUCCGAAGAGCAGUGUGUCUAAGACAUCGGUCACAUUAAGUAAAAGUUUUUCAUCGCGAAAAAGUUUGUCAUCCAAAAGCCUGAAUGCAGACAUGUCCGAUAUCUCAUUUGAUGAUUUGCAGAAACCAAGAAAAUCUCUCAGUAUGUCAGGAAAGUCUGAAAAACAGUCUGCGUCAAAAUUAAUAAAACAAACUAAAUCUCAGUCUAGGCUGUCUGGUACCAAAUCACCACUUAAAGCUACAAGGUCACCGCUAAAAGCUAAAAAGACACCGCUGAAAUCUACAAAGUCGCCCAGACAAGAAAAUAAGGAUGGAAGUGGUCUGUCACUCAGGCACAGACCACAUGUUGAUGUGCCGAAAAAGAAAAUUGUCAUUGAACUGAAGAGUUUUUCCGACAUUACACCUGUCACUAAAGUGAAAACAACUGUUACACCGUCGUCGAGUAAACAUUCUAAGAUUAAUAUUUUAGACAAGAAAAAAUACAAAAAAUCACCAAAGCUGUCUCCAAUCAAAACUCCAAAAAUAAAAUCCUUGUCUGAUAAAAGCAGUAAAGUAUCCACUCCGAAGAACAGUGUGUCUAAGACAUCGGUCACAUUAAGUAAAAGUUUUUCAUCGCGAAAAAGUUUGUCGUCCAAAAGCCUGAAUGCAGACAUGUCCGAUAUCUCAUUUGAUGAUUUGCAGAAACCAAGAAAAUCUCUCAGGAUGUCAAGAAAGUCUGAAAAACAGUCUGCGUCAAAAUUAUUAAAACAAACUAAAUCUCAGUCUAGGCUGUCUGGUACCAAAUCACCGCUAAAAGCUAAAAAGACACCGCUGAAAUCUACAAAGUCGCCCAGACAAGAAAAUAAGGAUGGAAGUGGUCUGUCACUCAGGCACAGACCACAUGUUGAUGUGCCGAAAAAGAAAAUUGUCAUUGAACUGAAGAGUUUUUCUGACAUUACACCCAUUUCUAGAUUAAAGCUGUCUUCUCCAGCUCAACACUCAACUCCCAAAUUGUCCAGCAGACUGCUGUCUCUCCAACAGAAACAUGUGGAAGCUACAGCCAGGUUGCAAGAACUGAAACAAUCUAGAGGUCAAUCUCUGCAGUACCGAGACAAAAACAUUGAAAAACUCAAAUUAUCAGCAUCAGAAACCUUGCUUAAAGGUCAUGCAGAUGUCAUCAACUCUGACAUGUUAUCCUCAGUGAACACAAGAUCUGUGGCUUCAUUAUCGAGCAGGAAGCGAAAACAGACCAUGUUGUCAUCUACGGUGGAAUCAGUCUCAAAACGCCGCCGAACUGAGUUGAGGAGAGAUAGUCCUCUGAUUUGCAGCAGUACCAGCCAGGAGCAGUCGGCCGUGUGCCUGAAGCAGGGUUUGAAGAGACAUGAGCUGGGCGAGGGAGACCAGACUGACGACAGUUCACUGACCUACGUACGGUCUGUGUCAGUCGACUUGGAGCAGGAGGAGCACGAGGACUUUGAUCGUACAACAACCAGGUCAAGAAGCUGGUGCACCGUCAUGUAGGCCGGGCAGCCAUCUUUGAUUUACGUUUUCUCUCCAUCCACCACUACUUUGUCCAGCCUUGAGUACCUUCUGACUUGUGUCUCUUGACAUGAAUUGUCUUUUGGUAGGAAAUAAAUGGUAGUAAAUAUUUUUAAUUUGAAAUCACUUUUAUAGUACAUGUAAUGAUUUAAAUUGGAUUUCAAAUUGACUGUGAGUUAUAGCUGACAAUGAUGUUACAUAUUAUAGGCCUACCUGACAACGUGACGAAUAACACAUGACUGUUAAAUUUACUCCAAAAGUAAUGGGUAGUGUUGAACCAUUGCAGAAAUUUAAAUUUAAGAAAAAAAGUUCAUUAUAUUUAGUUAUGGAAUGUUGACUUUAAAAAACAGUGUACAGCCACACUGUCCCAAAAAGUUCUGAGUGCCAAUGGUCAACUGAAUAUAAAUAUUUUUUUAAUUCCAGUAUUUAAUAUUUUCCCAAAAUUGCUUUAAUUUAAAAAAAACUUAAUAAUAACUCACAUUAACCCUACUUUUAAAAUGUUUACCUUUUUCUUUUUAUUGGGAUAUUUUUAUGUUUGAUUAUUAAGCAGACAUUCCACUAGUUUUACUACUGCUUACAUAGAGGUUAUCUGGUGGUUUGUAGUUAUACCAUGGUUAUUUUUUAAACUAAUGGUGACCAACGUUAACUAAUGGUUGGUGUUUAGCAGUAGUUAAAUUGUAUGUUAAGCACUAGUUACUAGCCACUGGUUACAUAUAAGUUAACUUAUAGUGUCUAGCAGUAGUUAAAUUGUAUGUUAAGCACUAGUUACUAGCCACUGGUUACAUAUAAGUUAACUUACAGUGUUUAGCAGUGGUUACUGUGGAUUAUAUUUGCUGAUGGUUAGUGUUUGGCAUGUGUUACAUGUAGGUAUACUUAUAGAUGUUUUCAUGGUUUUAUGAUGGUUAAGCAGUCAAUACAUUUUACCUUUGGUUACAUAAAGGGUAACCAAUUGUUAGGGUUUUCCAGCAGUUUUAUUUUGGUUAAAUAAUGGAUACUUUUAACCAUUGGUUACAUGAAUGGUAACCAAUACUUAUGUUUUGCCACUGAUGUUAUAGUGUUUUCCCUAGCUUGUUUUAGCAUGGUGCAGCACCAUGCCUCAAUAGUCUAGCAUCAUCUUGCCUUAAUCAGCACCAUGCUGCCCUGAGAUGAAACAAGCCUUUUUCAAUAAUUAAUUC